GCGCCGCCCGGGCGAUGCCCGCGUGGACGCCGCCGGCCGCCGGAGCGAGGUGCUACCCGCCGCUACCAUGACAGAGAGCGUGCAGGCGGCCGACGAGGUCCGAGUGCCCCUGGGCGCGCCAGCCCCGGGCCCUGCGGCGGGGGCGUCCCCGGCGAGCCCUGGGGCCCCGGGGCCAGAGGCGGAGCGGGGGUCGAGGCCCGGUGCGUCGCCCCCCCAGAGCCCGGCGGCCGAGCGCGGCGCGGAGCUGGGCGCCGACGAGGAGCAGCCCGUCCCGUACCCGGCACUGGCGGCCACCGUCUUUUUCUGCCUCGGGCAGACCACGCGGCCGCGCAGCUGGUGUCUCCGGCUGGUCUGUAACCCAUAUCCUUCCCGGGCCGCCGGGGGUGCGGGGAUCCGGGACAUGGGGGUCCGGGGCACGGGACCUGCUCCGCGUGUGCCUCCCACGCUCGGGCUCUUUGGCCUCAGCGCGGGCUGGGCGCGCGGGGGACGCAAGGCAGGGGCGCGAGAGCAGCGCUCCUCCGAGAGAGGCGGCCCCGGGCCGCGCUUUGCGGGGCGGCGGGGGUGA